AAGGGAGGCGGGAAGUUAUUUGCGCGGGAAAGAGGCCAGGCACCUUUUCGAGGAGAUGUGCGAAUUAGCAUUUAAGCAAUCCAGUACAACCUCCAGCUCUACACCUCCUUGCCAUAAUGUUGCCAGUAAAACUGUAUAAAAGGAACCUGAGCCUGAAGGUUUCAGGCGGCACACCUUGGAAAUUCUACACAUGAUCUGGCUGAGGCUUGAUAACCUGACUGCCCUGAUGGGCACUGUGUUAGAAGCUGUGAACAAGCACAAGGAGGACGAUGACGACAACUUCCCCGUUCAGGAGCCACCCGCAAGCUAUGACACCUUCAUGGAAUCUAAGUGCCAACUACAGGCUAGCGAAGCCAUGAGAAAAAAAGCUGUAAAUUGGUUCAUGGGACUCGGAGGGAAGACUGUAGGGGCCACUACUCGUCGACUGCUGGAAGCUCUAAUGACCCAAAACGUUGCGGUGAAUUUCAGCUGGAAAGGGCAAAAGGGCAAGGCGAAAUUCCAACAGCUGCAGUGUGUUGAGCUCAUUUACCAAGCUGUAAAAAGAAACCCCCGUAUCACAACGACACGUCACGACAUUGAGGAGGUAAUCAAGACGUGGCUACGACACGCGGCGGAGAAGCUCAGGAAGCUUGAGGAAUCUGGUCUUGGCAACACCCCCUAACUUUUUAUGAACAUCUAUAUCCAUGUAUAGUGUGCACCUUCUUUAAUUCAUGCUUUAUUUUCUCUCUUCAAGCCCAUCUUCAGGUAAUACUUGUUUGACCCGCAGCCACAAUAACACCAAAGAACAAGUUUUGUUAGUUUGUCAUUAUCAUUUCCAGUUGUUUUAGUGUUCAAAUUCUAGUAUCUUUAUCUAAUAUUUUUUUCUCAUUAUUUAUAAUGAAUGCC